GGAGUCUCAUUUUUCCCUUUAGGAAGACAAAUAAUAAGAAAAGUGAGGGCGACUCAACCGCUCCAAAAGUCGGAAACUUUGAAGCCCUAUAACUUUUCGAAAUGGGGGUCAGGGCCAAAAAAGAAAUAUAUAGGGUUAGGCUAUCGAACAUGCUCUACACGAUGGUAUAAUUUUUAUAAAAAAAUUUUUGGUCACAGUUCGGAAUGUUCCCUUGUUAAAACUUAAGUACAGUAAGAAAUAAAAAAUAUGAGAAGCAAAAACUUGAAAAAUAAAACUUAAUGAAGCAAAAAAGUUGGAAUAAAUAAAAAUAAACUUGACGCAAAUAAAACAAAAGUGAAAAUACAAAACUGAAGCAAAUUACUUAAAAUUCAAAAAAAAAUCUUUAAAAAUUCCAAAAAAAUUUUUUAAUAAAUUUAAAUUAAAAAAUAUUUGUUUUUUUUUCAGAGGCCUUUUUAAUGUUAGAAUUCACCCUCCAUAUCAAUUUAUUUUGUUAAUGAAUGCACUAGCAAUGCUUUGCAGUGCUUGCAAUCCUUUACUUUAUACUCUCUUCUCUAGAAGAUUUAGAACAAGAAUAGCAGCUUUACUUUGCCCUUACUCUUUUGCUAAAAAAGUUUCAGCAGUAAAGGCAGGUGCUAGCAGUGUGAUGACAACUAGAAGAGCUUCAAAAUUAUCACCAACUAUGACAAAUGGGGGUGGAUUGUUAUUGACACAGUGGAAUUCAAUAAACAGUAGUAGCUAUUGUGGAGCUACCCACCGUUUAAUGAGUACAUAA